GGUUUAUGCAUCAUGAUGAUGAUGAUGAACACGUGAGAAUUUUUGUUUGUUUUCGAAAUUCAUCAAAAUCAAAAAACCGAGAAUUUUUCGGAAAUUAAACUGAAAAUGAGUUUUAUGUUUUCAUCGUAUCGUCGAACAAAGAAAGGUUCAAUAAUCAGAAUUGUACGUGAACGUUAUCUACGUGAUGAUAUUCAUUGUGGUCGUGAAAAAUGUGCCGAAUGUAAACGAUUUAAAUUGGCGGAUAAAGAUUUUUCGGUGAUUUCCGAAUAUCUAGUGGAUAGUGCACGUCAAUCGUUGAAUAAAUUGCAACCAAACGCUCAUUAUGUUGUGCCAAAUUUUGAAACAUUAAACAAUCAAAUUGAUGUGAUUGCUGAUCCAGAAUUCGGUAAUGAUGUAAUCAUUUUAAAAACAAUUUGGAAACGAAUCAAAUCAAAUAUUAAUGCCUAUUCAAAACUAAAGGAAUUAUUUUCUUCACGUCGAUUCUACCUGUUUGAUAAUGAAUUUUUUCGUAAAACAUUUCGACGACGAAAUCACGAUGAAACAAUUGAUGAAUAUAAUGAUAAUCUAUGUCGAGAAGCAUGUGAAUGGUUACAAAAUCAUUUCAAAUCGAUUCAAAUUGUUUAUCUGAUUGAUUCGAAGAAAAAUAGCAACAGUGACAGUGAUAAAUAUCAUUUUCAAAUUCAUUCCAUUGAAGAUUAUGUAAAAAAUUUCCAUAAUCCAAUCGGUUUGUUGGAUAAAUUAUCGGCCAAUAAUGAUAAUGACGAUGACAAAGAUGGUAAAAUAAAAAAGAUGAAAAAAACUGAUUUCCUUUAUGAUGAACAUCUGCCAUUACAUAAAGUAUUACAGCAAAUUAAAUCCGGACACCUGCAUAAAGGUUGUUAUCAUUCGAAUCGUUAUAAUUUUCUUCAAGGAACAGUUACCGUUAUGAUUAAUAAUGAAGAAAUGAAUAUCCAUAUUGAUGGUCGAUCGAAUAUUAAUCGUGCAAUCAAUGAAGAUAUUGUUGCUGUCGAAAUUCUUCCCGAAUCAGAAUGGAAAUCCUCAACAACCGAUACAGUAUUGAAUGAAGAAUUGAUUGCCGAUAUGGAUGAUGAUGAUAAUGAUGAAAAUAAUCAAUUGAUGAUGGAUGUUGAUCAGCAACAACCGAAAGAUGAAGAUCAAAAAACAACCAUGUUGCUGAAACCAAAACCAUACGGUAAAAUUGUAGCUAUUAUUCGUCGAAAUUGUCGAAGUUUUUGCGGUGUUUUACGUGAACCAAAAUUGUUGACCAGAACAUUGACAAAUUUUCUAUUCAUACCGGUUGAUAAACGUAUACCGUUUGUACGAAUUGAAACCAGACAAUAUGAACAAAUUCGUGGGAGGAAAAUUCUCGUUCAGAUUGAUUGUUGGCCACGUGAUUCACGUUUUCCAAAAGGUCAUUAUAGCCGAGUGAUUGGUGAAUCUGGUGAUAAAGAAACUGAAACAAAUGUUUUGUUGUUGGAACAUCAAAUACCACAUAUGGAAUUUUCAGCACAAGUUUUAAAUUGUCUACCACCAGAAGGUGAACAUUGGAUACCAAAACCCGAAGAUUUUCUUGAUCGUAAAGAUUUUCGCCGUGAAUGUAUUGUAUCGGUUGAUCCACCUGGUUGUACUGAUAUUGAUGAUGCAUUACAUUGUAAAGAUUUGGGUGAUAAUCAACUUGAAGUUGGUGUACAUAUUGCUGAUGUAACACAUUUUAUACGGCCAGGUACAGCAUUAGAUCGUGAAGCCAGUGAACGUGGUACAACUGUUUACCUGGCUGAUCGUCGUAUUGAUAUGGUACCCGGUUUGCUUAGUUCGAAUCUUUGUUCAUUAAUCAGUAACCGAGAACGAUUAUCAUUUAGUUGUAUUUGGAAGAUUGAUGCAAAAACGGGUGAAAUUAGUAAAACUCAAUUUACAAAAUCAGUAAUUUGUUCACGGGCAUCAUUAACAUAUUCGGAAGCUCAGGCUAGAAUUGAUGACCGUGAAGAUCAAGGAGAAAUUGCCCAAAGUUUACGACGUUUGAAUUGUUUGGCAAAAAUUUUACGUGCAAAACGUAUUGAAAAAGGAGCACUGGUUCUGGCAAGUGCAAAUGAAAUACGUUUUGUCGAAGUGGAAUCCGAAACAGCUGAAAAUGAAUUGAUAAUUUUGGAAAAACAAGCAUUGGAAACAAAUUCAAUGAUUGAAGAAUUUAUGCUUUUAGCAAAUAUUUCGGUUGCUCAGAAAAUUUAUGAAACUUUCCCGGAACUUUCGGUACUAAGACGACAUCCAAAACCAGCACAAUCAAAUUUUGAAGAACUGAUUCAAGCUGCUAAAAAUCGUGGAUUCGAUAUUAAUGUUUCGGAUGGAAAAAGUUUAUCCGAAAGUUUGAAUCGAAUCCAAGAUCCACAGAAUGAACAUCUGAAUCUUUUGUUUCGAAUGAUAACAACAAUAUGUAUGAGUCAAGCGCUGUAUUUUUGUAGCGGAUCACUUGGUUCGGAUCCAAAUCUAACGUUUUUUCAUUAUGGAUUAGCAUCGGAAAUUUAUACCCACUUUACAUCACCAAUACGUCGUUAUGCUGAUAUACUUGUACAUCGUCUACUAAGUCAUUCAAUAGAUUUUGAACAACAAUCACCAGAAUUUCUUUGUAAACGUAAAAUUUCGGAUAUUUGUCAACAUAUUAAUCAACGUAAUAUGAAUGCACGUCGUGCAAGUCGUUCAUCAAAUGAAUUAUAUUCAUAUCUUUAUGUACGAAAUUCACCAAAAAAAUUCUGUCAUGAAAAGGGUUAUAUUUUUACUAUAAAAAAUAAUGCAUUGGUUAUAUUUAUAAUGCAUUUAUCAUUCGAAGUUGUUUAUAUGUUUGAUGAUGCCGAUGAUCAAUCCACCACCAAGAACAAAGAUUGUUGGCUUAUUGAUCAAGAAAAUGGUUAUGUUCAGCAUAAACCAUCGGGCAUACGUCUUCGACAAUUUGAUCCAGUUCAAGUUGAACUUUCAAUAAAACCAUCAAUAUUACAAUCAAAUUUUAAAAAACAAAUUAAUGUCAAAUUGAUUGAUCCAAAAAUUGAUUGAUUUUUUUAUUAAUAAAAUUUCAUUAAAAAAAUUA